CCACUAACAGGUACAGUAUGCGUGUUGCAGACUGUAUAUAAGGGUGGGAAUGAACCUGUCUUCCAUCAGACUUACCUUUCAACAACUCUGCCAUGUCUCUCCACAUCACAACACUUCUCUUUGCCCUGCACUGCCUGCUGACUGCAUCCAAUGCAUAUAGUUGUAAACUGGUCCAUGGUAGCCUGAUUCAAAUUGAUGCAGGGGUUGGACAGGUGAUUGGGGUGAACACACAUCACGAUAUCUACACACUGUAUGAAUCGAAAUGGACACAUGUCGCAGGCAAACUGAAGCAUGUCACUGUGGGCCCAGCAGGAAUCUGGGGAGUCAACAGUGAAAACAGCGUCUUCAAAUUGGUUGCAACUAAGUUUGUGCAAGUACCUGGACUCGUGAAGCAGAUUGAUGCUGGUGGAGACCAGUUUGUGUCAGGAGCCAAUCAUGAUGAUACUCCCUUCUGUCUCCCAAUGGACAGCACGAUCGGCUACACUGGAGAAAAAAGUGACGCAAACUGGGUCGGCAUUAAUGGCAGCCUAAAGUACUACAGCUGUGGCCCUUACAGCUGCUGGGGUGUUAACAGUCAGGAUCAAAUCUUUGUGAGGAAGGGGGUGAAUUCCACUGAUUGUGAGGGAGUUGGUGACUGGCAGCAUAUUCCAGGAUCCUUGUCUAUGAUUGAGGUGGGAGGUGACGGCUCCGUCUAUGGAGUAAAUUCUAAUGGAGAUGUGUACCGCAGGGAUUUCGUAACUGACUGUAAACCUCAGGGUACCCGCUGGACCCACGUCUCGAUCUACAGCGGUCAAGUGAAGCAUGUCUCCUACGAUACGGGUCAUCUCUGGAUCGUCCUGAAGAAGGGCGGUGCCAUCUACGACUGCACUGUGUGAGCGAUGCUCUUCCACAGAGGCAGCCCUGCUGCAUGAACCCUGCAGCUUCAUUACUCAAUUCAUUAGCCUGCUGCAGCCCUUCAUUAUUUUCACUGCGGCUUUUGAUGUUCUUGCAAUUUGAACAGUAGCCUAAUGAUUAUGCUGUGAUUCUGUCAAAUUAUCCAAUUGAUUUGUAAAAACACAUCUAUUGUGUAGAUUGAAAACAACAGUUUUCAGACUCUUUAGUUACUGUAGAAUAUCCUGAAGUGGUGUCGCCUUUGCGUGAUAGUAUAUUCAGGUUGUUUUUUUUCCCUGCAAUCUGUCAAAUAAUCAUAAUGAUAACUAAUAUCUGAUGUCUUGUGAUUUUGGUGAUUAAUAAAGCAUAUCAAAGAUGA